GCGCGUCGCGUGCGUGGGGCAGAGCCGAGCAGCAGCCUCCUUAUGUAAUGCCUCGUAUACCACCCCGCCACUCUCAUCAGCUGGAGGGAAUGUGACGAAUGCAGACAUUACUGAUGAAAAACACUGCAGGAGGAGAUGGCUUUAGGAUGAGGAGAUGUGGACAGGUGGAGUGGUUGUAAUGAAGCGGAGGAACUGUGCGUAAAGGCGCGCGCCGGGCAUCGGUGGCCUUCCUUCCCCCGAGGUGCGCAGACGGCUGGUUGGCGCAGAAGAAGCUCUGCAGCCUCGUUAAAGACGGUCUCCUCCAUCGGUGGGCAGAAACCCAUGCGGAGGUGUUUCAGAGAGAGCACGGACGCACCUUUCCUCUGCACGGCCUCGAUCCAGCAGCCUCCUAACCGGAACCCCAUCGGCGAUGGCGGGGCCAGAGCAGCAGCAGCAGCAGGUGGAGGAGAAGGCAGAGGCCAUGGAUGAUGCUGAGAUGGCCCUGCAGGGCAUCAACAUGCUGCUCAACAACGGCUUCAAAGAAAGCGACGAGCUCUUCAGGAGAUACAGGACGCACAGCCCACUGAUGAGCUUUGGAGCCAGCUUUGUCAGCUUCCUGAAUGCCAUGAUGACGUUUGAGGAAGAGAAGAUGCAGAUGGCCUGUGACGACCUGAAGACAACCGAAAAGCUGUGUGAGAGCGACAGCGCCGGAGUCCUAGAGACAAUCAGAAACAAGAUUAAGAAGAGUAUGUACUCCCAAAGGUCAGGCAUUCUUGUCGUGGAUCGCCUGCAGAGACAAAUUAUUGUUGCUGACUGCCAAGUGUACCUCGCGGUCCUGUCAUUCGUCAAACAGGAGCUCUCAGCCUAUAUUAAAGGAGGCUGGAUUCUCCGCAAGGCUUGGAAGAUGUACAAUAAAUGCCACAGUGACAUCAGUCAGCUGCAGGAGACAUGCCAACAGAGGUCCUCUGGUAACCAGGAGUCUCUCACAGCCGACAACGCCAACCACAACGCGCCAUUGGAGAAUGAAGUAACAGCUGAGGCCUUGGACCGUCUCAAGGGCUCCGUCAGUUUUGGUUAUGGCCUCUUCCAUCUGUGCAUCUCUAUGGUGCCCCCACAUCUACUCAAGAUUAUCAACCUGCUCGGUUUCCCUGGUGACCGUCUCCAGGGGCUGUCCUCUCUCAUGUAUGCAAGUGAGAGCAAAGACAUGAAGGCGCCACUGGCAACGUUGGCCCUCUUGUGGUACCACACCGUGGUGCUGCCGUUCUUUGCACUGGAUGGGUCUGACACACAUGAGGGGCUGCUGGAAGCCAAAGCUAUUCUGCAGAGAAAGUCAGUGGUUUAUCCCAACUCAUCCCUCUUCAUGUUCUUCAAGGGAAGAGUUCAGAGGCUGGAGUGCCACAUCAACAGUGCUUUGGCCUGUUUCCAUGAUGCAUUAGAACUUGCAUCAGACCAAAGAGAGAUCCAACAUGUUUGUCUCUAUGAGAUCGGUUGGUGCAGCAUGAUAGAGUUGAAUUUUGAAGACGGAUUCAGAGCAUUUGAACGACUGAAGAAUGAGUCGAGGUGGUCACAGUGCUACUACGCCUACUUGACUGGCGUGUGUCAGGGGGCUUCUGGGGACCUGGAUGGAGCAAAUGGAGUUUUCAAGGACGUACAGAGGCUAUUCAAGAGGAAAAACAACCAGAUCGAGCAGUUUGCUGUCAAAAGGGCUGACAGACUGAGAAAAAUCUCCCCCACCAGAGAGCUUUGCAUCCUUGGUAUCAUCGAAGUGCUUUAUCUGUGGAAAGCCCUUCCUAACUGCUCAUCAACAAAGCUUCAAAUAAUGAACCAGGUGUUGCAGAGUCUGGACGAGGUUUCAUGCAGAGGCCUGAAACAUCUCCUCCUUGGUUCCAUUCACAAAUGCCAUGGGAACAUGAGGGAUGCUGUGCAGUCAUUCCAGUUGGCUGCUCGAGAUGAGUACGGACGACAGGUCAACUCGUAUGUUCCCCCUUAUGCCGUCUAUGAGCUGGGAUGUAUACUUCUUGCAAAACCAGAGACAAAGGGAAAAGGAAGAUCCUUCUUACUUCAAGCUAAGGAGGAUUUUACAGGCUAUGAUUUUGAAAACCGGCUUCACGUUCGCAUCCAUGCUGCCCUGGCUUCUCUGAAGGAGGUGGUGCCUCAGUGAGUCCAGAGAGGGUCCCUGUGACGGCUGCAGAGUUGAAGCCGGUCACAGUCAUUGUUCCCCUGGCAAACAUGCUCCUGUGGUUUUCAUUACUUUAAGAACAUAGUGUACAUACUGUUUGUUGUUGCUUUAACCAGCCCAACAGUUAAAUAAAGUGCCAUCUCUGUGCAGUUUGUGCAGCAAUAGUUACUGGCACUAUUUAAGCCCAAAGGUAGAUGUAGACCGAGCAGGAAGUUGACAUUACUAAAUUCAUGACAUGGUGCUGAAGAAACUUGCUAGGCUGCUGCAUUUCUAUCUAGGUUUUAUGGCUUCAAACCUGAUAAACAAGCAGAAAGCAACAUUACAAGAAAUAAAGACAUUUUUGCUCUGAUACACAUAAAAGGGGUUUUAAAAGUUGAAAUAGAACCUAAACAUGAGAGGAGAAUCCUGGCAGGUGAAUAUUUACUUAUUCACUCUGGUAGACCACAGUCAUAUGAAAACCACAAGCAGGACAAACAUGAACAAACACACUCAACAACUGAACUAAACAACAGAAACUUUCUCUUUUUCUGUUUAUAAAAUUAAGAAAAUUGAGCAAAAAAAAUACAACUAGAAUGAAUUCACUAAUAAUCCUACUAAUAUAAACAUGUUGUAGCUUUAUGGUUCAAAUGUUUGAGUCAAUAGAUACACAAACAAAAAAAGGAAUUUCUUUUUAAUGAUUUGUGGAAAAAGUAACUUUAAUUCCUAUCUAGAAAUGCAGGAGGAUCACUGCUCAGGAUCAGUUUGAAAGUGACAGGCAGGAAGUAAACAGACAGGAGGGGCCUGAAAUGUUUGCACUUUCAAACGUUAAAUAGAGCAUAAGUCAGGGGUCUGCAACAUUAAACAAUUAAACAACCUUUCAGGUCGAUUUCUCACCAACCAAAACCCAACAGGAGUCUUUACUCACCCUUUAGAUAAAUAAGAUUCUGAUUUGUUUUUAUGUUUUUGCUCCUGACAUGAUACAUUUAAAUAAACUAUUGUGUUUUUGGGAUAAAUAAAACAUAAACAUAAAAACAAUGUGGCUUUUUCAAAAAAUAUGAAAUAGUU